AUGUAUAUAGAAAAUGAAAAUAAGUAUGCCUAUGAAGUAAUGCAAAAUAUUGGAUAUGUUAAUGUUUUAAAUAUUGAGAAAAAGAAAGUAGAACCAAUGACAAGCAAAGAAUUUGAAAGUAUUCAGUCAAGAAAUUGGUCAAAAGAACCCCAACAUGUAUUAUUUCAGACACUUUCAAGUUUAAGUAUGUAUUGUUCACAAAACAAUAUUUGUAUUUCAAAUAAACUAUUUGAUGAUUAUGUAGAUAACUUGACAGAUAAAGUAAAAUUUGCCACUGAUGAAGAAUUAAAAACUUUAUUUCACUCAUUAUCACAAUUUCCUGCUACUGAGUCUAUUAAAACAAGAAAUUAUAUAGAAAUUUGGGCCGCUUUAGAUGAUGAGUGUUUUCAUAGAAUUAAUAAGUGGUCUUUUGAUGAAAUGCUUACAUUUCUUUCUCUUUUUUAUAUGUUGAAUGUUAUAAGGAUAUUAGAUGAGUUGAGAAAGCCAGAUCGCAUAGAGGAAAUUAAAAAACAUGACGUUAAAAGAGUAUUGCAACUGAUGCGUGGUGGAGAAAACUUUGUAACAGGACAUCAUAUUGUGACACAUCACCAAAGAGGAGAUAUUAUUAUUUGCAAUGAUCAUGAAGGUAGGCCCCUGCCAGUUAAAGAAGCUUUUUCAAAAUCACAGUUUGGUCUUCUUUGCUCACCACCUGAUGAAAACAUUUGGACUGUGUUGAUCAUUGCUGGGAGAAAUACUAUGAUUCAUAAUUCUGCUUCAGCAACUGGACAUUUUACAUCUAAAGUUAGAGAACUCAAAACUUUAGGAUAUAAUGCAGAAUUAGUGAUGUGGAAUGUCUAUGACAAGCUGACAAACGAUGAAGAAAAAAUAAAGUACUUAAAUAAGCUUAUAAAAGAUUCUGUUAAUACAGAGUUAAAGAAUGAAAUGAAUAUA